AUGGGGAACAUGCUGGUUUCCCAGAGUGGUGGCUAUGAUCUCAACCUCUUCGCCAGCCCUCCCGACUGCAACUUCCUGUGCUCUGUGUGCCAUGGGGUUCUCAAGAGGCCAGUGAGGUUGCCAUGCAGCCAUAUCUUCUGCAAGAAAUGCAUCCUCCGGUGGCUAACCAGACAGAAGACCUGUCCGUGCUGCAGGAAAGAGGUGAAAUGGAAAAAGAUGGUCCACGUAAAUAAACUCCGCAGGACGAUUGGCCGCCUGGAAGUCAAGUGCAAGAAUGCGGAAGCAGGCUGCUUGGUGACGUGCCCCCUGGCCCAUCGAAGGGGGCACCAGGACUCAUGCCCUUUCGAGCUGAUGGCCUGCCCCAACGAGGGUUGCACGGCACGGGUGCCACGUGGGGCUCUGGCUGAGCACCGGCAGCACUGUCAACGUGGGGCCCAGCAGCAGUGCCCACUGGGCUGUGGGGCCACCCUGGGCCCCGCGGAGCGUGCACACCACAACUGCUACCGGGAUCUGCGCGACGCCUGGAACCAGCGUCAGGAGCGCAGCCGGAUCUUGGUGCUGGGCCUGCUGCGGCGCAUGCGCAAAGUGCACCGCACCACCACUCUCAUCCGCAGGCAGCUGGCCCAGCUCGGGGACUUCCUGGAGGAGGACGACGCGCUGCUCAUGGGAGCCCCGCAAGGGGAGGCCGAGGCCACCCCAGAAGGCAGCAUUGGGGCCGAGGUGUGGGGGCCCCAGGGCCACGGUACCGUGUAA